CUUUCAGCUCUCUCCAUCUUAUGACGUACGGAGGCGAGCGAGGUGUUCCCUUCAACCAGAUCUGGUCAAUGUCCGGCCCCCCGGGGACCGCACUCAAGAUUACUAGCGAUGCUAGCACCGCAUAUACUCUUGCUGUUUCAAGGAGGCUUGAAUGUGGAGAUGACCUCAAGGAAGAAGAGAAAGUGCUGCAGUGUCUUCGCAAUGUACCCAUGGAUCAGCUUCUGGAUGUUGCAAUGGCAUACUCGAGAGAAAAUCAUCCGCCUCUGGGACUCUUCACCUUCAUACCAUCGGUCGAUGAUGACUUUAUUCCGGGCCGUACCUCUGCUCUAUACGGAGCCGGGAAAUUCGUCAAAGAAAUUCCAAUCGUUUAUGGAUGGGCGCAAGACGAUGGAGCCACGAAUGCCGGCCCAGGCCAUCUCAUCAAUUCAGAAGACGAUAUAAUCCCCCUUAUAAAGAACUUCGCGUCCGACCUCACUCCGGAGCAAAUAUCCAAUCUAUUCUCCCACUACCAAGAAGAAGACUUUCGCUACGAACUCGACAACUACAACGCCAGAAAAGAAAACUCAGAGCCCGCUAUAUCGAUCCACUUCUUCCGCCUGACGCGAAUCCUCCGCGAUAUGCUUUUCACGUGUUCGUCGCUGCAUUUCGGACGAGCAGUAGCGCAGCAAAGCAAACUGCUAGACAACGACUUCGCAGGCGUCCACCUCUACGUCCUGAACCAAAGCAUGCUGACGCCGCUCUGGAAGCGCGCCGGAAUGCCAUACAUCGGCGUCUCGCACGGCUCAGACCACAACUACAUCUUCGGAGGCCAUUUCCCAGAAGGCGAGGUCAGCCCGGCCGACCAGGAGCUAUCGGAGAAGUUCGUCAAGAGUUUCGCCGCCUUUGCGUACACCGGGAACCCGAAUCUGAGUCGAGACGCAGACUUCCAGGACUGGCCGGCUGUGGGCGAGGGAGAGCGUGCUGCGUCUGGUGAGAUUCCCUUGCAAGUCAUUGGCGGCCCGCUGGGCUCUGGAUCAUGUAGAGUCAGGAGUGACGGUUCUGACGGUGGGAAAUGGGCACCGGGGGAAGAUGUAUCGCAGCAAAUCAUAGGGGAGGGAGUGGGGUAUGAAAGCAUGAAGUCUAAGGCUGAAGCUCUCCGUCUGCAGCAGCUGGAGCGGGAGAAAUUGGUUGAGCGAUGCGCGUUCAUCGACGGCCUAUCUGAGACCCUUGGUGUGUAA